AUGCAAUUGCUUCUGCUCUUGAAUAUCUUUCUUUGCCUUCUACAAGUAGCAGUUGCGCAGCAGCCCAUUGAAAAGCUGGUGGGAAACCUGUCAUCGGUGGAACUACCGCUCGAUCGCCUUCGACUGUUCAUUGAAUCAAACUCACAUAAACGACCAACCAAGAAACCAUUAUACACAAAGCGAACUAUCGAGGAUAACGUCGUUAUUCCACAGUAUGACGUGGAGCUUCAAGACUAUGAGGGCUCUCCUUUCCUCGCCAAAUACCACAUUACGUUCGAGAGAAUGGCUUCCCAACUCAUAAAAGAAGCCGAGGCGUCUCGUGAUCAAGAAGCCUUGGUUUAUUUGGGUGAUCUAUAUAUGUUUGGGCAAUCAGACAUUAGGGCCAACUAUUCGAAAGCGUUGGAAUAUUACAAGAAAGCUGUUGAAGGUGCCCCUCAUGGCCAUGCAUACUUUAUGCUUGGUUACAUAUACUCCACAGGCAUGUUUGGAGAGCUUCCGCAGGAUAAAGCAAAGUCAAAUCUAUAUUACCAGUUUGCAAGCGAAAAUGGAAAUCUAAAUGCAACACUUGUUCUUGCCAAUAAGUAUCUACAUGGCAUUGACAGAGCCCCAAAUUGUGACUUGUCUAAGUUUUACUACUCAAGAGCGGCUCGUAUAGUCAAGAAGUAUCAAAACGACCAUGGCCAUGCCACUGUUUCUGGCGACCCUCUUUAUAACAUACGACUAGCUGAUUUCAAUGGUGGCCUUUACGGGAGAAAGGUGAGUGAUCAGAUACUGUCGUUCCAAUCAUUCGCUGACUAUGACGAGGCUAGGCGACAGAAUCUCGAGGACAACAAUUACAAUCAUGAUCCUGAACUACGCGAUCUAUAUUAUGAUGCUUUAGCUGCCUAUACUGGAAGUCGUUUCAAACCGUCGAAUCUUACAGUUGCCAAUGACCUCUCCAGAAAGUGUAUGGCUCAUGCCAAGGUGAAGUUUGGUAAAAACCACGGUGGCUAUAUCAGUGACGAUGAUAAGAGCAUGUGGAGUCGAUGCGCUUGUAUAUUAGGAAAUCUCUACUUCGAAGGAACACAUUUCGAACGUGACAUUCCGAAGGCCUACGAGUACUUCAACAUGGCAAACAAGAUUUUCGACAGUGCUCAUACUAGAGCCCAGCUCGGCAAGGUCCACGCUUUAGAUCCUAUCACCGAUGGUUCAAUAAGUGAUAAUUGCACAAGGCGUUUUAAGAGUGCUGCUGAGGCAGGCAAUUUUGAGGCGAACUAUCUCCUCGCAAAAUGGUACUCGGUGCCUGACCCAGCUUCGCCAUUUUUGAUUCAAAACACCGCUCGAACUCUUACUUGGUGGCGUGACCUUGCUAUGAAGGGACAUUUUCAUGCCCGCUUCUACUACGCCGAUGCUAUGGAAUCUGGAGACGGUGCAAGCUCUACAGACGUGUUUUACUGUUCCACCAUAGUUGACACUUACAAGCAGUUUGUUGAACGCUCUGAGCAGUUAUUAUUUCCUCACUUGAAAUAUGCAUUCGAAGAAUUUAUCUACGGGCAUUUCAAGAACGCCCUUGUUGGGUACCUGAUUGCUGCAGAACAAGGUCUCAAGAAUUCACAGGUUAGUGCAGCCUUCCUCCUAUAUCAAGCAAAUCCGGUAUUUACCUGGACACCCAAAUUUUUCAAUUCUGACAGGCUCGAAAGUGCCAUGUCUUAUCUCGAAUUAGCAUCCCUUCAAGGCGAUAUUGACUCAACCAUCCUAUUGGGCGAUAUCAGCUAUGAUGGCGUGGAAUCCACAAAUAUUCCACAAGACUACGAAAAAGCAUUUACAUAUUACUCGAGGGCUGCAACAGCAGCAUCUCCUCACGGUUGUUUUAAACUUGGUCACAUGUAUGAAUAUGGUCGUGGUUCUGCUAAUGCUACAGUCGACUUCCAUAUGGCAAAGCGCUAUUACGAUCUUAGUGUGAAGUACACCUUACAGUCUCCAUUUUUCCGUAUAUCACGAUUGAAUACUUAUGCUAUGAGCCUCGCAUUACUCCGCCUAAGGGUGAAACUCCUUUUCAGUCGUGAUAAGAAGGAUGUCGAUAAAGCUGGCUGGUUCAGCACCUUCAAGAAACUCGGGAGGUCACAAGAUAGCAUCGAUGAUGAUGAGGAUGACGAGAGAGCGCUUCAAAAAUCCACAGCCCAUUUUGAAGGUGGAGACUUCGAAGGAGAAGAUGAAUAUGAAAUCUUUGAUUAUGUCGUGCUACUACUCACGGUUGUGUUCUUCAUAUUCGUUUUUGUUCUGAACAUGAGGGUCAAAUGA